AGCAUGUUAGAACUUUAGGUUCUUUUAUUGGCUAGCAGAUUUGAUGUUCAAGGAGAGAUUAAUAAGCAAAAAAGACCCCAUUAGAAAAAUAAGACAAGAAAUUAAUUAGAUAAAUAAGACAGUAUUAAUUAAUAAAUAUCUCUCCCGAAGUGAGUGGUGAUGGCAAAGAGUUGAGUAAGCAACAUAUAUGCAUCGAUGCAUAGUCAAUUUUGAUGUGCUUUUUAUUGUACAAAUAAAUAAGAAAAGUUAUACAGUAAAACUAGUAUUUUCUCAACUAUAAAAUUCUCCACCUUCAAUGUCAAAAUACAUAUUCGUAGAAGAUGCCCAACAAAUGGAAUUGGAAAUUAUAAUUCUUGAGUUACAAAUCAAAAUUUAAAUACAAGACCUGUAGCACAACUUCUGAUGAAAUCUAAAGGAAGUAGGCCAAGAAUUAUUGGUUACUUUUACCACGUCACUUAUUUUCUAUGCUGAUCAGUGCCAUCUAAUUGUGAUUUUUUUUUUUCCUUAAAUUAUUUUGAUAAGAGAAAAACUAGCUCGACGAUUGAUUGCGUACUUGAGUUUUGUAUAGGUUUCGGUAGUGGUCUUGGAGCAUUGUUUCCACUUAUUGGCUCGUGGUAUUUAUAAAAUUUCAUAAACGAAACAAAAGCCAUUAAACGUAGAAAGCAGUUCUUCAAACGAAAUGGUGGUCUAUUGUUACAACAACAAAUAUCUUCAGAGGAAGUGAAUUUCGAAGCAAAAACCAAGUUGUUCAAUUCAAAAGACUUGCAGAAGGUCACUGAAAACUUCAACCUAGACCGAGUUCUAGGUCAGGGAGGCCAAGGUACUGUUUACAAAGGAAUGUUGACAGAUGGUAAAAUUGUUGCUGUGAAGAAGUCUAAAAUAGUUGAUGAAGAGAAACUCACAGAAUUCAUUAAUGACGUUAACAUUCUUUCCCAGAUUAACCAUAGGAAUGUGGUUAAACUACUUGGAUGCUGUUUAGAGACCCAAGUUCCACAUCUUGUUUAUGAAUUCAUACCAAAUGGUACACUUUCCGAGUAUAUUCAUGAUCAAAAUGAGGAAUUUCUUUUUACAUGGGAAAUGCGCUUACGAAUUGCAACAGAAAUUGCGGGAGCUCUUUCCUAUUUACACUCUGCAACUCCCAUUCCCAUUUACCACCGAGACAUCAAAUCAUCAAACAUACUCUUAGAUGAAAAGUUCAGAGCAAAACUAGCAGAUUUUGGAACUUCAAAAUCAGUAGCCAUUGACCAAACACAUGUUGCUACAAUGGUAGAUGGUACAUUUGGCUAUUUGGACCCUGAGUAUUUCCAAACAAGCCAAUAUACGGAUAAGAGUGAUGUUUAUAGCUUUGGUGUGGUGAUUGUUGAGCUCUUGACAGGACAAAAACCGACUUGUUUAAAGAGGUCAAAAGAAGGACGAAGUCUAGCAACUUAUUUCAUCAUGUGCAUGGAGGAGAAUCGCUUAUUUGAUAUAAUUGAUCCUCAAAUCCUCAAGGAGGGAAAAAAUGAACAGAUGUUGGAAGUUGCUAACCUCGCAAAAAGAUGCUUGAAUUUGAAUGGAAGAUACCGACCUAUAAUGAAAGAAGUGGCAACGGAGUUGGAGGCCAUUCAGAAGUCAAUCAAAACUGUUUCUGAUCAACAGAAUUUUGAAGAAGUUGAAUCUGUGAGGACUGAAAUAGCAGAGGCUUGGAACGUUUCCAACACAAUUGGUUCAAACCCGUCUACAUCCAUUGAUAUUGCUUCAUUGUUCGACUAAUCGUCACUGUUGUCAAAAUAAAAUUACCUUUUUACUCUUCUUCGUUGUUCAUUUUCAUUCUCCGUUUAGAAAAUGGAUUUUUAUUAUUGUGACUUUUACUAGAGAUAUGUUUAACGAGUUGUUUUAG